AUGCAGGAAGCCGCUGGCCGCCCGAGCCUUGUGCUCUUCGAUGGCUUCAAUGCGGAAGAGAGGUUCGGCCACUACGUGCACGAAGCCUUGCCUGACGCCAUGCGCGUGCUGGACAUGCAAGACUUUCACGCCUUGCGACUAGGCCGCGAGCAGCUGGUGGCUGAAGGAGCCUCUGCAGAAGCUGUGGCGACCUUCCGGCCAGCGGCGGGCAACGAGGAUCUUCAGCGAGAGCUGGCAGCAAUCCACCGCUGCGACGCGACCCUGGCCAUCUCUGAGGAUGAAGAAAGGCGGCUUCUGCUGGAGACCUAUGGGGUGCCGGGCUGGAAGGUCUUCGCCGCGCCCUUCGGCUUCAAGCCGAGCUCUUCCUCGCCCGGCUUCGCGGCGCGGGAGGGCGCCAUGUUCAUCGGGACGAAUUGGCGACAUCGGCCAAACCGGGACUGCGCCAGAUGGCUCAUACAGGAGGUUUGGCCCUUGGUGCGGCGAGAGCUGCCGGACGAGGAGCUGAACGUGUUCGGCGCCAACCAGACGCCCGCAGACGCGGCGCUGAGCGAUCCCAGCCGCGGCGCGUUCGUGAGGGGCUACUGCCGCUCCGUAGAGGCCAUGAUGCGAAGGCACAAGGUGCUAGUUGCUCCUCUGCGCUACGGUGCCGGCGUGAAGGGCAAGGUUCUGGAGGCCAUGCUGCACGGCUCCAUUGUGGUGACCACUCCGGUCGGGGUCGAAGGCAUCGCGGAUCCCGAAGCUUUCCCGGGAUAUGUGGUGGACAAUGGCGGGGAGGACGCGGCCGCUUUCGCGGAGGUGGUGGUCCAGGCAUUGCGAGAGCAGCGGCGCUGGGAGGCGCUUCAGCAGGAAGCUGCCAGCUUCAUUUCCGAGCACUUCGAUGAGGCGAAGCUGGGGAAGAGUUUGCUGGACUUCCUCACCGAAGCCCGUGCUCAGCUUCCGCAGAAUCGCCUUCGUGAUUUUGUUGGGCAGAUGCUGUGGCAUAGCUCGCUGCGAUCCACGCAGCUGAUGGCAAAGUACAUCGCUGCCAAAGAGGAGCAUCAGGCCUUGGAGCGCAGAACCGCCGCAGGCGGCCGGAGCUGCGGCGACACACAAAGCUCGACUGCCAUGCAGAAAAGAUGUGAGAAGGGCUCCCAUGCAGCCGCUCAGCGUGUGGCGGUCAUCUUGGACAGCACGGCCUCGCCGAGCAACGAGCGGUGGGAGUGCCUGAGCCCCGGGAAAAUCCAUGGCGCUCAUUGCCAGGCGCUGCAACAAUUGCGGGGGUCCGGCUCCAUGGGUGCCGGGGGCCACAGCCCUCAGCCGUCCAGCGGAAAAACAGACCAGGCCAGCUCCCGCCGGACCCCCAUGAGCGCCAGCGCCAGCGCGCCGGAGCUCCGCGCGAGCGGGCCGAUGAGCGGGAGCAUGCGGAAGACGCUGCGGCCGCGGGGGGAGAACGACUUUGGCAUGGUGCCAGGUGUUCCUGCCGAGGAUGACGUUUACGUGCCAAGGGCCAUGUGGACGGACACGGCGGACAACCCCAUGAAGCAGGAAGACAAGCGCAUCGCGCAGAAGCUGGCCAUGAAGGAGUUCUACCGCAAAGAGCCGCUUGCUUUGGCAGGGCAAGCGGUGAGGCUCGCCAAGCAGAUAGAGGACAACAAAGCCCUCAGGCAAGCUCAGAAAGGGGAGCUGCAGGAUAUGGCCAAGACGGUGACAGCGGCCACCAUGCAGAUGGAGCGCAGGGAGCAGGCGGAGAAGGAAGAGCUCCAGCGGAAGCGCGAGAAGAUGCGGCAAGGCCUGGAUGAGCAGAUGGCGCUUCUGGAGGAGAGGGCCAAGGAAGCCAGGCUCCAGGAUCUCUUGGAGGGAGCGGAGACCAAGGCGCGGAGCAUGCAGAUGCUCUACGAAGAGAUGGAGACGCAGAAGAAGCUAAAGCAGGAGCUCAAGAAGCGCGGCGAUGAAAUGCGGCAAGAGGUCGCGCGCCGCGCCGGGCAAAAGAGCAGCGACAGGCAGCUCGAGCGGGAGGAGCUUCAGGAGAGGAUGCGGCAGGAUGAGAUCCAGGAGGAGUACCGCCAGUCCUUGAAGCAAAAGCGAAUCCGGGCGCACCAAGCGCGGUCAGACGCUCGAGAGGUCAACUACUUCCAGACUGCUGGGCGCGAGCGACAGCAGCGAGAAGAGUCCGAAGCUGCUAGACUGGACCGCGACGAGCAUCAGCACAACCUGCGCUUUGACCUGCACCACUCGAGGCGGGCGGCGGCGCGAAAGCAGCAGCAGCAGAAGGUGCUGGCGGACAUGCGGCUGCAGAGCCUCGGCAUCAAGACCUGCGGCCGCGGGUCGAAGGAGAGGGAGCGGGAGGCCAACGGCGCAGCGGCACGGCUGUGCUCGGAGGCGGAACUGCAAAAAGCGAAGAAGAAACGGCAGCAGGAGCUGGCGAUGCAGGCGGAGCUGGCGAAAAUGAUGAUUGAGAAGCAGAGGACGAGAGAAAAGGAAGAAGAAGGCCCAAAGUCUCGCAUCACCCCUAUGUGCUCCAUGGCGGUGGACCAAACCUUUGUAGACAUGGCGGUGGCCCGCGCUGCUGGCAGCACCAUGCCCAAGUCCUUCAAGCCCAUGCACCAGGUGGAUGCGGCCAAGGACCUAAGCAAGCCUAUGGGCAAGCCACGGGUAAAGCCCUGGGUGGACAUCCAGAAGAGCCACGGUCCGGGAGGUGUCGUCGGCACCUUCGGCGGCGAGGGCCGGACCCAUCUCAGCCUCAUGGCCAGCGGGGGCGCGAAGCGCAUCCUCACCGAGAACACGGCACGGAAGACGUGGUCCGAAGGGCUUCAAGCUGCGGAGCUGAAGGCCGGGGAGAGGGUGGCGCAGCAGCGGCACCACGCGCAGCUGGUGGACAAGACGGACCGCUUCUGA